AUGACCUUUUCAUUGCGCUACAGGUUUCUUGCUCUCUGCAUUCUAUUGUUGAGAGUUGGUUCCCUCCCAACCGUUGAUAAAACCUCGGUCAGCGCGGAAGAGUGUGCCUACGGGUUUUAUCAGCCUCCAGCUACGUUCAGGACUUCAGCUGAGCUUGGGGUUUCCAAGAGGGUAUUGCUCCAGCGCGACCCCAUUCGCCUGGACUCUGGCGCCCUCGAAGCUGACCGAUACAAAGCUGUUGUUGCUCGAGAGCUUGAUAUUCCUCUUGCGAACGUGGAGUAUGUCAGUGGCUUUGAGUCGGACGUUGCAAGACAUGCGUACUUGCAGCAGUUGCAUAACGGUCUUCCCGUCUUCAAUGCAGUGGCCAACAUUGCGUCCACGGAGGAUGAAGUAGUGUCAUUCGGUUCAUCUUUCGUCGCCGAUACAGACAAAGCCGCACCUUCCACACCAACUCUCGAAUUCGGGGAUGCUCUUGCCAAAAGCAACGUGGAUGACCUUCUGGGGGUAGUCGCCGGUAGCGGGACCAGCAGGUCCGGAGAGGAUGCAAUACUCGGAUAUUUAUCCCGCCCAGAUGGAACUUUGUCUCUUGUCUAUGCAACGGAUGCUCGAAGCGAAGAAGAAUGGUAUCGGGCGUUUGUAGAUGCUCACACUGGCGAACUGGUCUCUGUCGUCAACUAUGCUGCUGACGCUUCUUACAAAGUUGUCCCGGCUAAUAGAGCUUCCCCAGCGUCCAGCCUUCGGAUUCUCUUCAACCCUCAAGACCCAGUUGCAUCCCCGAGGGGAUGGCACGAAUUUGGGCCCCACAAGUUUAACCGCACAACUGGCAAUAACGGUGUAUCCUACGCCAGUGGCCGUACUCCUCUCUGGGCGCCCCAAACAUCCAACUUCUUGGACUUCAUCUACACGUAUGACCCAAACAAAGAACCGCUUUACACGCCAGGAAACUAUUACGCUGCGGUGACCAACGCGUUCUAUGUGAUGAACGUUAUGCAUGAUAUUUCAUACCGGUAUGGUUUUGUCGAGUCGGCAUUCAAUUUUCAACAGGAGAAUUAUGGUAAAGGUGGGAAGGAAGGCGAUGGAGUGCAGACGAUCUUGCAUGAUCUUUCUUUGGAGAGGAAUGCGUCGAUGAUGACGGGUCCGGAUGGGGAGACGCCGCUGCUUCGGUUGGGAAUUUACUGGGACGAAGCUAAUGCGUAUACUGGUAGAGAUUUUGGAAUGCAAAACGACAUCAUCAUCCACGAGUACGCGCACGGAAUUACUAACCGGCUCGUCGGUGGGGGAACGGCAGCAUGUCUCCAGACUCGUAUUGCCAGAGCCGUCGGAGAAGGGCUUUCAGACGCCUUUGCGGACUGGAUGUGGCAACAAGGAAAUAAGGGGUCGAUCUUGGACUUUAGGAUGGGCGUGUGGGUCUCGAAGAAGCCGGAAGGUCUGCGACGUUAUCCAUACUCGGUUGAUCCUGCCAUUAACCCAUUGGUACAUACCAGCUUGAGGGCAGUUACCGACGAGCAUGAUAUGGGGGAAAUCUGGGCUGAGAUGCUUCACGUCGUCCACGCAGCUCUGGUUGAAUUUGCAGGUUUCUCGCCGAACGCCGCAAGGGACCCGUCGACCGACCACGGAAAUGUCGUCUUCCUCCGUGUGUUCUUCGACGCACUGUCUCUGAUGCCCUGUAAUCCGACUUUUGUCCAAGCACGGAAUGCGUGGAUCCAGGCUGAACAAACGAGGUACAAGAAGAAAUAUCGAUGUGUACUGUGGGCGGCGUUUGCUAGCCGAGGCUUGGGCUUCAGGGCCUCCUCCAUCUUCGUCUUCGACGAUCAUACCUUGCCCACGGACUGUAAAUAGCUCUGUGCUUUACGAUACCUUUUUCGCGGCUGAGGAAGGAGAAGUCGGAGGUCGGAAAUUUGAUCCAAUUUACAUUAUGGCUUCGGACCGUAUUAAUAGCCUGUCGUAAACGAAGUGAAUUGUAUGGAGAUUCACUCGUAG